AUGCUGGCUUCUGAUGAUGAAUCAGUGCUAUCAGCAACUUCAGAGUCAGGUGAGUUGUUGGAGGCUUCUGAUGCAGAAGAUGUGAAGAGGUCUUAUCGAUCAAGGCGUCGGCGCGAAGCGAGUUUUGCUGGUAAAGCAGUUUGCCGUCGAGCUUUCCGAUCUCUUUUGGGCGUAGGCGAAACUACCCUGCAGCGUUUGAGAAGGGGGGAGAAUAUCUAUGCAAACAAAACCAGAACCCCACAGCCGAAGCACCCAACCUUUGGUUUCAUACUCCGUGGUGAAACAGCUGCCAAAUGGAUGGGAGUUGUGAUGUUCUUGUGGUACACGUACCACACCUCUGCAGAGUACAUGCCUGACAACUUUCGAGCUGCUACCAAAGGAUCCUCGUUUCAGGCAGUUGCAGCUUCUGACGAUACAGACGUGCAACUGAGAGCCGUGAACAGCUUCAUGAAGACUUUGCGCACACUCAGCUCCGAUGUAGAUGUUCACAACAUUGGACCGGGAACAUUCGCUGGGGAGAGACGUUUUCUCCCAUUUGGAUGUCGCUCAGAGAUGUAUUGGCAGUACCGGGCAUAUUGCGAGUCAAACAAGGAAUCUUGUGCAAGCUACACGACAUUUAUGCGGUUGGCCAAGAAAGUUCUUGGUGUGGGCCAGAGGGAGAGUCACUUGAAGUUCAGGAAGGUCAACGAGCAUGCAAAGUGUGAUACAUGUGUUCGUUUAAAGCAUGCCAUGAAAGCAAAGCUUGGGGUGGGCAAAUCUCGAGAGGACCAACAAAAAACGUACAUGCAACAUCUUUUAUCCCAGUGGCUGGAUCGGCAACUGUACUGGCAGUUCAGGACGAUGUCACAAACCUUUUUUCGGCAACACCUGAUGCUGGGUGACAGGAUCAUGGCCUCUUCCAUCGGUACUUCACUCAUGACACUGAUGAUCGACGGUAUGGAUCAAAGUAAAUAUAAAGUUCCCAGGAUAAGGGACCAGUCUUCAAAGCUCCUGGGCCGGCUUUUCCGGCCGACUUUGCAUGUGGCAGCUUGCUGGCUGCAUGGGCGAUGCUUGAACUUCUUUGUGGCGGAUGAAUGCUUGAAAAAGAACUCAGAAACACAACUGGAAAUGCUAGGGAGAACCAUUUCCGAAGUGAUGGAUUCCGGCAUGCGGCUUCCUUUUGGGCUGGCUUUGCAACAAGACAACACGUAUCGCGAGGGUAAAAACCAGUACGUCAUCGCCUACCUUUGUUUGUUGGUCUGCUUACGGGUCUUCCGGUAUACGGUCGCAAGUUUCUUGCGACCAGGCCACAGCCAUGAAGACCUGGACCAGGUCUUCUCGCAGCAGAGUGCAUUCAUUGGCCGUCACUGCUUUGAUUCCGCUUCGGAGGUUGUGCAGUUGAUAGACUCCACAUAUCGGCCAGAUGAUGUUGGGGAACGGGAAAGGAAACGAGCCAAGACUGCCAGUGUUACCAUGACGUGCGUCAAACUGGAUUCUGUGGCAUUGUGGCAGGACUGGGUUGCUGUCCUGGGUUUGCGCUUCAAGGGGCUGCGCAAAGUCGGCCAAGUUCGUUUCUGUCUUCGUGGAGACCUGGACCCUUCUUCUUAUGGCGGGUGUGUGCCACAUGAGCUCACAGGAUGUGAACCGAGCCCUGAAGACAUCAUGCUUCUUGCAAAACGGUUUAUGGCAGAUGCCACGCCGUACUAUGUGGCGUGUGUUGUCUCAGCUCAACGAGCGGCAGACCUGCGAAGCAGCUUUCAGCAGCCCACAGGUACGGCUGAUCGCCGAGCGAUCAGCCCGAAGGUUCGUAAGAACAUCACUGCUCUAGCACCGAAAUGUGUAAAUCAGGGCAUUUUGAGCCGCGAGGCAGAAGCCUACUUGACCAACUGGUGCGAAGGGACUUGGCAAAAGCAGCCGAGGCCUGUCUCUUACAGUCACUUGGAAUACCGCAGGCCCGACGAUCGGGUCUUCGGCGUGAAUGCAGUGGGCUCUCGCAUGCCUUGGCGAAAGCCUCCCCGUAGCCGUGUGAUCAACUUGCGUUCGAGCGCAGAACGUGGAUCUGACGAUGAGGCGUCGGACCACGAUGAUGCAGAAGUGGAUUUCGAUGCCCAGACUUAG